GUCUGGCUGUUGCUCUGGCUGGCAGUCUGCUCCCCUAGCCCUGCCUAUUCCUGCCCCAGGCUGUGUGUCUGUUACCCCUCCCCGAUGAUGGUCAGCUGCCAGUCUCAGAACUUCUCGGCGGUGCCGGCCGGCAUUCCCUACGACAGCCAGAGAGUGUUCCUCCAAAACAACCGCAUCACAGAGCUGCGGGCGCAGUCCUUCGGCUUCCAGACAAAGGUCCUGUGGCUCUACUCCAACAACAUCAGCUCCAUCAAAGCCGAUUCCUUCAGCGACAUGCGAGAUCUGGAGGAGCUGGACCUGGGGGAUAACCCCUCCCUGCGCACCCUCCAUCCUGACUCCUUCCAGGGGCUGGACAAGCUGCAGAGAUAG